GUGGGAUUCUUUUGAAUUUGCAAUCCUUCACCAAAUAUUACAAUUUUCUUUCUCAAAUCUCCUCCAAAAUUUGAUCUUUUUUGUUUGUUUUUGUUUCCCUUCCCAUUCUCACAAAUCUUUGAAACUCCAUAACCAAAUCAUCCAUAGUUUCUGCACUAUAACAAGAUGGUGUAGAUCACAGGAUGGCCGGGACAUCAGUCCUUCCUCAAACACCCCUAUUGAUACUGAAAGAAGAUCAUAAAGAGUUAAGCUCCAGCUUGAAGGAGCAGGAAUGGAUCUCUGUGAUCAAGAAAUGCAAGAGCAUGAAAGAAUUGAAGCAAGUCCAUGGCCAUAUCCUCAAGCUGGGGCUGUUCAGCGCCUCCUCCUUCUGCGCAAGCAAUCUUCUAGCCACUUGUGCGCUCUCAGAAUGGUGCAGCAUGGAUUACGCCUGCAAAAUUUUUCAGGAAAUGGAUGAUCCAGAUUCGUUUGAGUUCAACACAAUGAUUAGGGCCCAGGUGAAGGAUAUGAACCCAGAAGAGGCUAUAUUCUUGUACAUUGACAUGGUAGAGGAUGAGGUGAUGCCGGAUAAUUUCACGUUUCCUGCUCUGCUUAAGGCCUGUGCUCAUCUCCGGGCUCUUCCAGAAGGAAUGCAGAUUCAUGGGCAGAUUUUGAAGUUUGGGGUUGAGGUUGAGGAAGAUGUGUUUGUGCAGAACAGUUUGAUCAAUAUGUAUGGGAAAUGCGGGGAGAUAAGGCGUGCCUGUGAGGUGUUUGACAAAAUGCCUCACAGAACAGUGGCUUCUUGGAGUGCCCUUAUAGCAGGCUAUGCAAAUUUGGGCAUGUGGCCAGACUGCCUUAGGGUUUUCAAUGAAAUGAACUCUGGGGGAGUGUUUAGGGCAGAGGAAAGUGUCUUAGUAAGUGUGUUAUCUGCUUGUACACAUUUAGGUGCCCUCGAUUCGGGGCGGUCCAUUCAUGGGCAUCUGGUAAGGAACAUGAAUGGACUCAACAUCAUAGUACAGACAUCCUUAAUAGACAUGUAUGUAAAAUGUGGGUGCCUAGAGAAAGGGCUGUGUCUCUUCCAAAGUAUGACAAAGAAGAACCGGAUGUCAUAUAGCGUCGUGAUCACUGGCCUUGCCUUGCACGGGCACGGGCACGAGGCCCUAAGGGUGUUCGGGCAAAUGCUAGACGAGGGUUUAGAGCCGGAUGGUGUCACUUAUGUGAGCGUCUUGACCGCUUGUAGUCAUUCUGGCUUAACCAAAGAAGGGAUAAGAUGUUUCGAGAGGAUGUUAUCGGAGCACGAGAUCAAACCAACGGUUCAGCAUUACGGGUGCAUGGUAGAUCUCCUGGGAAAUGCAGGCUUCCUAGAUGAAGCUUUCGAGCUAAUCAACACCAUACCUAUCGAGCCAAACGACGUUCUGUGGCGUAGCCUGCUAAGUGCAUGCAGAGCUCACCAGAACGUCGAGUUGGGGGAAGUUGCAGCAAAGAAUCUGUUCGAGCUAAAGCCACAGAACCCUAGUGACUAUCUGAUGCUAUCGAAUAUGUAUGCAAAAGCUCAGAGAUGGCAAGAAAUGGCUAUGAUUCGAACCGAAAUGGCUAACAAGGGUCUAAAACAAGAACCCGGCUCUUGCACGGUUGAGGUAAACCGAAAGGUCUACAAGUUUGUAUCACAAGAUAUGUCUUAUCCCCAGUGCGAGGGCGUCUAUGAAAUGCUUCACCAGAUGGAGUGGCAACUGAAAUUCGAAGGCUACUCACCCGAUACAUCACAGGUAUUGAUGGACGUUGACGAAGAAGAGAAGAGGCAGAGACUCGGUAAUCACAGCCAAAAGCUGGCCAUUGCGUUUGCGCUAAUACACACAUCGCAGGGAUCAUCUGUAAGGAUCGUAAGAAACGUGAGAAUGUGUAGCGAUUGUCACACGUACACUAAAUUUAUUUCUACAAUCUAUGAAAGAGAAAUCGUUGUUAGAGAUCGGAAUCGAUUUCACCAUUUUAAAGAUGGAUCUUGUUCAUGUAGAGAUUACUGGUGAAUAUAUAUAAUCUCUCUUUGUUUAAA